AUGGAGGUGACACUCAAACGAUCCGCGGCCCUCGCCCGCCAAACCACUCCCCUCCUCCGACCCCUCCAACCUGUCGCAACCUACCCCUCCAACAACAACAACAACAACAACACCACCCCCCAGCAACGCCGCCCAUACUCCCUCUUUUCCUCCCUAACCCGCCCACCACCAAACUACCCAGGCCAUGUCCCCCUCUCCUUCGUCGAGAAAACCGCCCUGGCCAUCGGCUCAGGCCUCAUCUCCCUCAAGAACCCCCGCCGAGGCGACCUAAUCGCCACCUUCGCCGAGACAACAUCGACUCCCUACUUCAUCUACCGCCUCCGCGACGCCAUGCUCUCCUCCCCCACCGGGCGCCGCAUCCUCCGCGACCGCCCCCGCAUAACCUCCACCUCCCUCAACCUCCCCUACCUCCGCUCCUUGCCCCCCAACACAGUCGGCCACACGUACAUCUCCUGGCUUGACCGCGAGGGCGUCUCCCCCGACACCCGCUCGCCAGUUCGCUACAUUGACGACGAGGAAUGCGCCUAUGUCAUGCAGCGAUACAGGGAAUGUCACGACUUUUACCACGCCUUGACAGGACUCCCCGUUGUGAGGGAGGGUGAGGUGGCGCUAAAGGCGUUCGAGUUUGCGAAUACGUUGCUGCCGAUGACGGGCCUGAGCGUGUUUAGUCUUCUGGGGAUGAAGAAGAAGGAACGGGAGAGGUUCUGGGGCGUGUAUGGGCCUUGGGCGGUGAGGAAUGGACUGAGGGCGAAGGAGGUGAUUAAUGUUUAUUGGGAGGAGGUUCUCGAGAAGGAUGUGGGGGAGCUGAGGAAGGAGUUAGGGGUGGAGGUGCCGGCUGAUCUGAGGGAGAUGAGGAGACGGGAGAGGGAGGAGAAGAAGAGACGGGAGGCGGCGGCGAGGGGGUAG